AAACCGCCCCUCGUAAAGAUUAAUCCCGUAUAUAUAUAUAUAUAUAUAUGUCUUCCUUAUCUUUCGACUUUCCUCGUAGAGCUAGCUUCUAUGGAGUACGGAGACGUAAAUUGAGAGCACUUUAAUACCACACUCGUAACCAUUCUCGCAGCUCCAACAGAAUGGCUAAUGGAUUUGGCACUUCGUCACUUCUCUGUUGACUUGACUGCUAUCCAAAAAGAAUCAUGUUGAAUACGUGGGGCUAGAGAAGUUGAUCUUGCUGAUGGUUGGCUUCUUUGUAUCAAUAUUCUUAUAAGAUAGGCUCUGAGAUGGCUGUUCUCAUGUCUCCAACAGACCAUGCUAACUUAUGGAAUUCAGAAGUCAAGAUACGUCAUUGGGGGAAUUUCAAGUGUAAUCGUUUCAUAAAGGGAGAUAUGUCACCUUCGUGUGAUACACUUCGGAGACUCAGGCCUGAAUUUUCUGUUUCAAUACCUCUACCUGGAAAGCAAUAUAGAAAAAUCAUGGUGAUGGAUUCAUGGAUGAGAUUUCAUGCCAAAAGGUCCCCAGCUUAUGGGCUGGGACCUUUUGUAUCACCUCCAGCCAGAGAUAAUGACAAGAUUCUGAAAUGCUUUAGAAGUGAUUCUUUGGUGUCGAAGCAAUUUUUAAGUGAUCUCACAGUCAAUUCUGAAUUAUACACUAAGGAUACAGAUACUGCAAUUUAUGAGGGCUCGGAUAUUGAUAGAGCAUUCUCUGAUAGAGACCAACCUGUUGAGGAGCCCUGGCUACUCCACUCUUGUCUCCUCUCUCAUUAUGCUGCACACUCGAAUGCUUCCAUUGGUUUGACAGAUGAAGACAGGGUUUUACAGCACGAUAAUAGUGACUCUUUAGAGACAGAGUCCUUUGAUCAGUCCGUAUCAAAGGUUCAACCCUACUCUAAAGGUGAGGAUUCAUUAAGUUCUAUUGAUAAUGUAUAUGGUCCUUGCAGAACUUUCUGUGAGUGGGACCAGCCUGUUGAGGAGCCUUGGCUAUUUGAGUCUAAUGCCAAGGUGGUUUCCAAUAAAGAAUCUGUUAAAGAUGAGGAAACUCACGCCAAAUUUUAUGAUCAGCAUCACCAAGUCACAGAAAAUUUAUUGACUGCAGAAGAGAGUAAAGCAAUUUCUCAUGAGGAUUUUGUUUCUACGGUUAUAUUGAUUAACUCUUCUAUAUGUACCAUGCAAAGGAUUGCUCUGUUGGAAGAUGGAAAAUUGGUUGAGUUAUUACUGGAACCCGUUAAAAAUAAUGUGCAUUGCGAUAGUGUAUAUCUUGGCGUAGUUACAAAAUUUGUUCCCCAUAUGGGUGGUGCAUUUGUAAAUAUUGGGAGUCCAAGACCCUCUCUUAUGGACAUAAAGCAUAUUAGGGAACCAUUCAUAUUCCCUCCGUUUCGUCGUUGUAAAAAGGAAAAACAAGUAAAUGGCUCUGCAUUUGUCAUACCUGAUGAGCAGCCAGGUGCUGAUGAGAUUCAAAACAAUUCACAUGAUGUUGAAGUGAUAGAUGAGAUUGACGAUGAUGAAAUUGAUGGUGAUUUAGUGGAAUACUUGCACGAUGAGUAUGUGGAGGAUGACAUUGAUGAGGACAUUGAUAUUCAAGAAGAUCUUAAGGAAAAUGUUAAUGGUAGUCUACUUGGUCAUGGUGAGGUCGAAGCUGAUUUUGAUGGCCAUUUAGAUCAGUUAGAUGGGAACAUGCGCAAUGUGGAAGGAUGUUCUGACAAUUCACUACCUUCUCAUCUCCAUGAUGUGAAAAAAGUUCAUAAGGAAGCAAGUGCAGAUGAAAACAAGUGGGGCCAAGUUCGAAAAGGCACUAAAAUCGUUGCACAAGUCGUUAAAGAAGGAUUAGGUACAAAGGGCCCCACACUGACUGCUUAUCCAAAAUUAAGGAGCAGAUUCUGGGUCUUGAGUACUCGUUGCAAUAGAAUUGGGAUUUCAAAGAAAAUUUCUGGUGUUGAACGCACACGCUUGAGAGUCAUUGCAAAAACUUUGCAACCUCAAGGUUUUGGUCUGACUGUAAGGACUGUUGCUGCUGGUCGUUCCUUGGAUGAAUUGCAGAAGGACUUGGAAGGCUUGCUUUCAACUUGGAAAGAUAUAAUGGAGAAUGCAAAAUCUGCUGCCCUUGCUGCAGAUGAAGGUGUGGAAGGGGCAAUUCCAUUUUUGUUGCACAGGGCAAUGGGUCAAACACUAUCUGUCGCCCAGGAUUAUUUCAACGAGAAGGUUAAGAGCAUGGUCGUUGAUUCUCCAAGGACAUAUCACGAGGUUACCAACUAUCUUCAAGAAAUAGCUCCUGAUCUUUGUGAUCGAAUUGAGUUAUACAACAAAAGAACUCCCCUUUUUGAUGAAUAUAAUAUCGAGGAAGAGAUAAGCAACAUGCUCAGUAAAAGCGUCAGAAGGUUGUUAAACAUUGCAAGACAAGUAUUGCAUGUUGUUGAACAUUCCAAAACAGCCUCAACGUACUUGCAGGCUAUUCACCAAAUGAAGAAAACCAAGAAAAGAUCUUGGAGGGUUUCUCUUGCUAAUGGAGGUUAUCUUGUGAUUGAGCAAACUGAGGCAUUAGUCUCUAUUGAUGUGAAUGGUGGACAAUGCAUGCUUGGUCAGGGAACAUCACAAGAGAAAGCCAUUCUCGAUGUCAACCUUGCCGCUGCCAAACAAAUUGCUAGAGAAUUACGGCUGAGAGAUAUUGGUGGCAUUAUUGUGGUAGAUUUCAUUGAUAUGGUGGAUGAUGUGAAUAAGAGACUGGUAUAUGAAGAAGUUAAAAAGGCUGUGGAGAGAGAUCGAUCAACUGUGAAAGUCUCUGAAUUGUCUAGGCAUGGCCUUAUGGAAAUCACCAGAAAGAGGGUUAGACCUAGCGUGACAUUUAUGAUUAGUGAACCAUGCAAUUGCUGUCAUGCUACUGGAAGAGUGGAAGCUUUGGAGACCUCAUUUUCCAAAAUCGAGCAUGAAAUUUGCCGGCUGCUUGCAAUGAUGAACCAAAAAGCAGACCCUGAAAACCCUAAAUCAUGGCCAAGAUUUAUACUGCGGGUUGAUCGCUACAUGUGCAAUUACUUAACUUCUGGGAAAAGAACAAGACUUGCAGUCUUGAGUAGCUCUCUUAAAGUUUGGAUUCUUUUGAAGGUUGCUAGAGGUUUUACAAGGGGUGCAUUUGAGGUGAAACCAUUGACUGAUGAAAAGGAUUACAACAGUCAGCAUCAACCUGCCAUUUCCGUGUUACGACGAACAGAGGUUGGAUCUUACACUCCCAGCAGAAAAGUAACUGUUUUUCCUAUCAAAAAAUGGAAGACUGGGAGGAAAUGAACGUGCCGAGUUCAGCUGGCUUCAUUCUUUUAUUUGUACAGUACAGGUUGGCCUUUGCUUUCUCAUGGCCAAUUAGUUGAGGUGGCGUUAUGCCAUUUUUUUUUGUUAUAAUUCGAUUUUCUCCCAUUUUUCGGAAAACCAAAUAAAAUUUGUAUAAAGUAGAAAUGUUUUAACAGCCUUGAUAUGAAAUAUGGGGAAAAUGGCUGUUGAAGAACAUGAUUGCUCUGAGAGAUUUUGCCUAUUUUUUGUUACUUUCUGCUAAACAAAUCAUCUUAUAUUGUAUCAGUAUGAAAAAUUACCCUCGGAUAAAUUACAUUUGGCAUCCUGCAUUUGUAUCAAAUAUUUUAUUUUGAUUGAACCACUUUCAAUGUGAUACACCUUGUAA